UGGGCGGAGUUUAUUCUGGUCUGACAGAAACAGCUCCUGACCUUUGGGACUAACAGGGCGGGAGAGAAAGAGAGGAGCUGCAUAAGGCACUAAUCGGAGCGCAAUGGCCUCGGAGUUCACUCAGGACGCGGUGCUGGUGUUCCUCCAGAGCCGCGGAGGCACAGUGAAAAACUCCGACCUGGUUCUGCACUUCAAAAACUUCAUUCGGGAUCAUGCGGACCAGGACCGAAACCGAGAGCUCUUCAAGAAGUUCGUCAACUCCGUGGCCACCGUCACACAGCUGGACGGAGUGUCUCAUGUGAUCCUCAGGAAGAAGUUCAGAGGAUAUGUCCCAGGUAAGGGGGCUGAAGUGGGCUCCUCCGACCCUCCGUGCGUCCCGGUCGGGAAGAACGCCGAAACUGCCGCUCCUAACAAGCCGCGACAGAAACCGCAGCAGAAAGAAGCGACUGCACCCGCCCCGUCGGGAGAAACUGCAACGAAAACAAUCCUACCUGUGGCUGGCCUCGUCCUGACCAACAACAACAGCGUGCAGGAGAAUUUAAACCUGAGGCAGCAGCAGGUACACCAGUCUAUACAACCAGUGACAGCACAGGUAGUGAGUCACAGCCCACAGACACCACAGCUGAAGACACCCAGUCUGCCCACGCCUCCUGCUCUCGAUCAGGCUUCUAAAGUGGGGCAGGGGCAGCGGAGAGUGGGUUUUGGUCCACCUCCUGGUGUCACACCUGCACCUCCUCACAGAGCAACCAGCCCAGGGUCAGAGGUCCUCACAGGGCAGAGGCAGCCAGAAGCGGGUGUUCAUGCUCAGCGUGCCCCCCGACGGGCGGGAAACAGGCCAAGCUACAAAACUGCUGUGAGCCAAGAUGAUGAAGAGGAGAAAGAGGAGGAGCUCACAGUGACGCAGAUUUCAGCAGGAGGAACGCGGCCCCCGAGCGCUCUGCUCAAUGCCCCGGGGAGGGUCACGCCUGCUCCUUCUUCAGGCCAGAAGAGUUACAGUCAGGGUACUGAGGGGCAAAUGCUCACCCCUCGGAGUCCAACUAGGGUCAUUCCGAAUAACAGCAACUUUGACCUGAGACGGCAGCAGGCACACAGCGCACCUGACCACUCUGUGCGACCAAUGUCAGCACAGACGGUGAGUCACAUCCCACAGAAACCACAGCUAAAGACACCCAGUCUGCCUACACCUCCUGCCCCAGAUCAGGCAUCUAAAGGGGGAGAGCUGAGAGUGGGUUUUGGUCCACUUCCUGGUGUCACACCUGCAUCUCCUCAUAGAGAAACCAGCCCGGGCCCUGAGGUCCUCACAGGGAGGAAGCAGCCAGAGGGGGAUGUUCACCCUCAGCGUGCCCCCCGAAGAGCAAGAAACAGGCCAAGCUACAAAACUGCUGUGAGCCAAGAUGAUGAAGAGGAGGUCAUAGUGACGAAGGGUUCAGCAGCAGGAGCGCGGCCCCCUAGCGUUCCACUCAGUGCCCCGGGGAGGGUUACGCCUGCUCCUUCCUCAGUCCAGAGGAGUUACAUUCAGGGUACUGAGGCCCUCAGAAGGGGGCCCCAGCCUCCAGAAGGUGGUCUUCAUCAGGAGCCUCCUGUGCCUCCACAGCUCACCCAAAGGCGUUUGAAGCACAGACAGAGCUAUAAAGCUGCUGUGAGUUAUGAUGAAGAUGACGUAGAGGAGGUCCCCAUGAGGCGAGGUUCAGGAGGAGGAGCGUGGCCACUGAAUGUGCCGCUUGGUGACACAGUGAGGGCCAUGUCUUCCUCAUCGCCAUGCAUCAUAGACACGCCUGCACCUUCAUCUGUCCCACAGAUUUACAUCCAGGGCGCUGAAGGGGAAAAGCUCAGCCCUCACUAUCUAGGUUUGAGGGAGGAAACUGCAGGCCCUAGGCUGGAACUGGGCGAGACCACCAGACGCAGCCUGCCUUUGGAGACGGCACUCCACCGCAACAUCCAGCAGGGCCACCAAUACUCACCACUCUCAAGGGAACCCAAACCAGAGACCAAUCAGAGCGACGGACCGUUGAUGUCGUCCAGCCACAGCAGCAUCUACUUGCCCUCGUCCGCUGGCGGCUUCCACAGCACCAAGUGGCCGCCGUCUAACUCCACCAGAGAAUUGGGAUGGACCAGCAGCUCCUCGGAUCUGCAGAUCAGAGCAGGUGUGCCUGUAGGCGUGCCCAGAAUCCAGGGAACUGUCAAACGAACCAAAGAGGGUAUGUCGGACUCCAUGAUGAGUCGUGCUGACACUAAAAUAGUGCCUUGGCAUCGCUCCACCGGUCAGCUCUAUGACGAGCAGGAGCCCUCAGCUCGUUCGUCACCGCUGCGUCGCUCCACUGACCAGCUCAACGAGAACCAAUCCUCUCCGGGCCGAGUGGCACCGUUUUAUCUUUCCACAGGUGAUCUCUGUGAUCGUGAAGACGCAGUGUCAAGCGAUGACUCCGUCUCUUCACCUUACCUGCGGCAACGCCCUGGUGCCACCAACCGGAUGAGCACCAAACAAAGGAUGUCCCUCAGCAUGGGAGCCGACCUGGACCAGAUUCUUCAGGAGGAGGCAAGGGAAGGAAGAGGAACCGAGGAGGCUCGGAGGAGCCGCCUCCACCGGAUUUCUUCCUCGCUCAGCCUCCGCCACAAUCUGUCGUGCUCCUCAUUAUCAUCCUGUUCCACGCCGCCUCGAAGCCACAGCCUCGCCAGUCUGGACGAGCCAAAAGGAGAAAAGAUGAAUCUAUCUACAGAAGCCUCGCCCUCCUCCAACCACCGUGACAACCAUGGUCGACAUUCGCUGGUUCCUUUGGAGCCGAGGGAACAUACCUGGCUGGUUAAGGCGGCGGCGGGCAACUGGCCGGAAAUCUACACCCUCUUCAGAGAGGAACCGUCCCUCCUCAACAAAAAAGACUUCAUCUCAGGCUUCACUGUACUGCACUGGAUUGCCAAACACGGCGACCACCGAGUCCUCAACACUCUAGGGUAUGGAAUUGAAAAGCACUCUCUUACCUUCGACGUAAACGCCAGGUCUAACAGCGGUCACACGCCUCUCCACAUUGCUGUCAUGCACGGUCACAAAAACAUCAUUCGGUUGCUAAUCAAGAAGUUCCAAGCUAAUGUGAAGCAGAGAGACAUGGCAGGUAAGAGACCUUGGCAGUACCUGAGCCUCGACGCGCCACUGGAAAUGUUCCACUUGCUCGCAGCGCCGAUGCAGGACGUUAUGUCAGGAAAGAAAGGUGUCGAGAUGGCAAACACCAGCUGGGAGCAGCAGCAGAAGCAAAGCCGCCACCUGCGUCACCAUGCCUCCUCAGCUUCAAGAGAGAGCCCGCUGACAAUUGCGAGUAGAACGAAGGUGAAACGGGCAACCUCACUUGCUGCGUUGCUUAAACACAAACCAUUAAUACGAUUUCAAGCAAAUCAGGUGAACUCCUCAGCUUAAACUUCAGAGUUAAGCUUGUUUCAAGAGUCUUGCAACAUGGAAUAGUCAGAACAGCUAGCUGGUCCGCAGGUCUUAAGAACUACCAAGACCGAGAUUAAGAAGCAGCUAACUGUUUGUCACACUUGUUCCUUUGUCAUAUGCUUGGGCACCAGCAGUGAUUCUCAUACAGUAGUGAAAAAUAUUUCCUUUCCUGAAACCAGCAAAAACUGCCAGAAACUAUUAAAAGAACAAGCCAUGCUGAUUAGGCCACUGCAUAAUUCACUUUAAUAUAACUUUACAGUGUUCACAGUAGCAGUCAGUGUUACCACCUUAUUAAUUAUCUAGCUAUUUAACACAGAAACAAGUAUUAAAUAGACACAAUGACUGCAUGACAUCAUGUGAAAAAACCUCAAUACCUGCCUGGUUAAACCUCUUUUGGAGAAAAAAACUCAACACACCCUCUGGUGGUAAUGCUGGUAGUUCCUAAACACGCAUUUUUAAGAAUGAUCUUGUUUUACAUAAAGAGCAGUGGCAUACCAAUAAUCGCCCUUUCUUUCAGUGAAACUGAAAAUAUGCAACAGGAUAAACAGGAUUUCUUCACAGUGGAUAUAUAGAACUGCACAUUUUCAGGGUAUGUAGGACUUGACUGCCUCCUCUCUCCUCUGUGAAGACCUUUCUGAACUAUAAAACCCUAUAAACAGAUAAAUCAGCUCUUUCAACAGCAGCUGUGAGCUUUGCUUUUAAAGCCUCAUUUGUAGGUCCUUUUCUGCUGUUGAUUGUUGGAAGCCUCUCCAACUGGAUAAAUAUGCUGUAUAAUAUUUCACCACUUCUUAUUAUAACAAAAGAGAGAUUAGUUUUUUGAAGGCCAAAACCUUGAGCUCAGGCCAAACAACUGCAAUAAAGAGAAUCAUGAGUUUCCAUGGCAGACUUUGAAUGCCUAACAAGAGAUUGUAUCACAAAGAAGCUGAAAUAUGAUCUAAAGAAUGCGAUUGUUUAAGUGGGGAUCUGAUCUGCGAGCGCUUGACUGGUUUUCAGCAAGACUUUAUUAUCUUGCAGUUGUGACAGGAGAACAUACAAGGUGUACGUUUACAAGCUGCAGGCUAACAGGAGAGACAGUUCCAGUUUCAGCCGUGAUUCAUUUACUGAUACUUAUUUAGAGUUUGGAGUACACACCGCUGCUUUGUUAAUGUCUGUUUUACAUUCCUCCUGCUGUUUACACAUCAUCCAUCAGUUUGUUCAGUGAUUUCCCC